CCGGGUUAGGCUGUAGGAAGUCCGAAUCACGAGCAGCUGUCUGUACAGAAUACUCGCUCCGCUCCCACAGCACACGGUUCUAGGCAGGACUCCAGCCUCUAUGACUUCGUAAUAUUAGACACGGUUCUCCAGCAGGAGCUAUAACCAACUUCUUUGUGUAAACUGCUCCUUCCGGUGAAAAUGCUUCCUCCUUUUCUACACAUCCUCACUUUCUUCCUAGCGUUCCAAACAGCUAACAGUUGGCCUGAUGGCCUGUGUGCCAUCCUCGAAUACUCCCGUGCCGAAUAUGUCACAGUGGAGGAGCGCUAUUAUGGGCCCUACAUCAAACUCUCGCAGUACUGUUUUGGAGAUGGUUUCGACUUCUAUGUCACCCCCAGGUUCCCUACCCCUGACGACGUUCGAGAUGGCACCGAAACUAGUACCAUUUUCCUUGCCGUACUUGAUCCCCACAAGAACCCUGUGCUCUUCGCUGAGGUUAAACAUGAGAGCUGGGCUCGCGCAGCUGCCUCUCGUCACCGUGCAGAUCGACACAUGCGUACUCGCUUCUUUGCGUUGCUCUAUGAUUGUCCAAUGCCCCGCCUCUGGGGCCUUAGCUUUCUUGGCACCUCUGUGCGCAUCUACGUUGGGGACAAGGUGACACACAAGAUAACACCUCCACCUCCACCAGUGUCGCCUCCAUACGAUUUGUACGUUCCCCCACCGGAUCUCCUGGGUGAAGAAUGGAAAACGGAUGUGUUGUCGGAGCAGGGUUUUCGUAAGAUGAAGGACGUUGUCAAUGACAUCAUCAGCCAUACCCAGCAUGGGCAUUAGCCAUUGUAUGCAUUGUACUCCGCCAUCUGUUGUAUCUACCGUCGUUAGCCCGCCUACAUAUGUAACCGAGGGAGGCAUU